UUUCUAAUACAGCAACGUUUCUACAUAUUACUUUGUUCAAGUUGUCAGGCAGCUAUUCAAGAUGUUGAAAUUUGUAAUCUUUGCUUCGGUGCUUUGUCUGUAUUAUGUUUCCAGUGUAGAAGCUAUAUCUGGUACUACUAUAGCCAAUAAAGCUGACAGUCACGUGGAGAGUACAAAAUGGAGUAAAGCCUCAAGUCAUGAUACAGGCCGCAAUACAAACAAAUGCAACAUCUUUAUCAAUGAUGUGAUGAAAGAGGUUGGCGGUAGCGUCCCUCAAAGAUCGUGGUGGCGACAUAGUCCAAUUGGCGCCGGUGAAUGGGGAAAUCCCCACUCUAGCUACCUUUCAGACGAUAAUUGUUGGAGAAAUGUUGGCAGUCCAUCUAUCGGUGAUGUUAUGGGUGAUGGUGUCCACGUGGCUUUUUAUACCGGAUAUAGAACAACUACCAGUGCCAGAUAUGAUAAAAUUGUUAAAAAUAGUUGGGGUUUUAGAAGUUCCGGCUCUGGUGCCGAAUCCAAUACUUAUGCCUAUUGGAGAUAUAUUUGUUAAGAUUGUUAUUUUGUUUAUGAAAUGCAUUAAGGAGUAUUAACAAUUCCUGAAUUGU